UGGAAACGAUAUAUACAUACAUAUGCCAAAAAUAUUGUCAAGGCUGAAAAAUUAUUACCAUAAUUUGGGAUCGUAAAGCUAAAACUAUUAACAAACCAAAAUUAUAUAAUGCUGUGAUCGAUGAAGUACAGUGAGCUAAGUGCAUCAGUUUAAGCAAACCAAAUUUAGCAAUCUCAAACAAAAUGGUGGAGAAGGCAUAUUUGGCCCAACUCAAGAGUUUGGAAUGGGGGCGUUUGUUCAACAUGUUCUAUAUAGAACCGGUGAUUUUCAUGCUGAUAUUUUCGCACAUGCUGUCAGGUACUGUCAUGCGCAAUCAGUUGAUUUACCAGACCUGCACGGUGAUAUAUCAGUACAAUGAAACCGACUGCAAACUCUUGGAUAGCAAAAACACCACCGCAGAAAUACAAGCCAUUGAGACGGAGCUUCAGGCAUACGUGGCCAACAUGUUCCUGACCCGCACCCUCUUCGAAAGUAUCGUGCCUGCCAUAUGUGGCCUAUUCAUUGGAUCCUGGUCGGAUCAUUAUGGACGCAAGCCCCUGCUGAUUGUCUCCAUGGUGGGCUUUUCUGCCUCUGCCCUGCUCUCGUCCGUCAUCUGCUGGCUGUCCAGCUACUAUAUGGUCAAUCCCUGGUGGUACACCUUGGCAGCCGUGCCACACUCGUUGCUCGGAGGAUUGUGUGUCUUUUCUGUGGCAGCCUUCUGCUUUAUCACGGACACCACGGACAUGAGGACCAGGCCCUACAGAAUGAUCUUCAUGGAGUUCAUACUCUUUGUGGCCCUCACGAGUGGCUCGUUAUUAUCCAGUUUUGUUUAUGCCGCCACAAGUGCUGCCUUUGUACAGAGUCUCUCCUGUUCGAUAGUUGUUAUGGCAACACUAUUUAUAAUCUUCUACUUGCCCGAAAGUCUGGGAAUGUGUCCAGAUAAGGACGAAGCACCUGAAAAAGAACAGGAAGUCGUAGUCACAGUUUCGGAUCAGAAAAUCAAUGAAAUUCCAACUGAGAAUUCCGUCGAGAAGCGUGAUGAUCCGCCCAAAUACGAGUCAAUAGAGAAGCCUCCUUUGGAGGAGCAAGUUGAAAGAACUGGUUUGUUCAACAUUAAACACGUGAAGGACAUGUUUAGCACCUGCUUUAAGAGGAGGGAAAACAAUGCUCACACCAUUAUUUGGCUGGUUACUUUGGCCGGCUUUGUCUCCAUUUUUGUUGCCGAUGGCGUCAUGACUGUAAUGUACUUGUUCGUGCGCCAACAGUUUCAUUUCACAGUGCGUGAGUUUACUAUUUUUGAGACUGUCAGUCAAUCAGUUCCCAUGUUGGGAGCUAUUUUGGGUAUUCUUAUUUUGAGAAAGCUUUUUGGACUGUCUGUGGUCACACUGGCGUUACUCUCUCUCUUUUCGGAAAUAGUUAGCAAUAUUGGCAGAGGAUUGGCCUAUCUGCCUUGGCACCUGUACGUAUCUGUCUUCCUAGGAAUCUUUCGCUCCAUUCAGGGACCCAUGUGCCGCACGAUUGUAUCGAAUAUAGUUCCAUCCUCCGACACUGGUAAACUGUUUGCCAUCGGCAACAUCGUACAAUCCUUCGCCCCCUUUGUCGCCGCUCCUCUUUACACGGCCAUCUAUAAGAACUCCCUGACCAGCAAUCCUGGAGGAUUUAAUUUCCUCAGCGCCGCCUUCUACUUAAUAGCGUUCAUCCUGAUCGGCUGUGUGAUGCGAAUUAAAUUCAAGCACCGAAAGUUCUACGCCAAGACGCUCAAAUAGCCAAGUAAACUGAAUUUCCAUCAAUAUUGAUUGUGGCAAGUUUGCCAACUUUGCAGAGCUUUGUUUAUGCUUAAGUCGAAAACUUUGUGUGGACAGCAUUAAAUAACUGGGUUUGUGUGAAGCACUA